UUCGCAGCUUUUCUAUCAACCCUCGAGCGUAGCGGAGGCGCAAAUAUCAAGGGCAGGCGAGGGAGAUGGACGGAGGGGCGAUCGUGGCUUCGCGGCCGGCCGUGAUGGUCACCAACGAUGACGGAAUUGAUGCACCGGGGCUCCGUUUCCUCGUCGACCUCCUCGUCGCGUCUGAUCGGUACCGCGUCUUCGUCUGCGCUCCCGAUUCGGACAAUUCAGGUGUUAGUCAUAGCAUUACUUGGCUUCGUCCUCUUAGUGCCAGACGUGCUGAGAUCACGGGUGCUACAGCUUUUGCAGUAUCAGGCACUCCUGCAGAUUGUGCAUCUUUAGGAAUUUCUGGGAAGCUCUUUGAUGGCAUGAUUCCUGAUUUGGUGAUCAGCGGAAUCAAUAUUGGAAGCAAUUGUGGAUACCACACGGUAUACUCUGGGACAGUAGCUGGUGCUCGUGAGGCAUUCUUGUAUGGUGUACCUUCUGUAGCUAUCUCAUAUGACUGGAAGGCAGGUAAAAGCAAUGCAAAUGACCUGAAGCUAGCUGCGGAUGCUUGCUUGCCCCUUAUUAAUGCUAUAUUGAAUGAGAUAAAAGCAAAGACAUAUCCUGAAGAUUCAUUUUUGAAUGUAGAUGUACCCUCAGAUGCUGUAAACCACAAGGGAUUCAAGAUAACCAAGCAGGGGAAAUAUAUGGCCAGAAUUGGUUGGGAGCGAACGCAUUCUCACAGACCAGCACUUGAAACCUAUCAAACUUCAAACAUGGAUGUUGACUCUGUUUCGGGCUAUGCAAACAAUAUUCCAUCUCAUGUAGAAAAUGAACUUCUUUUUAAGAGGGUUAUCAACAGGAACAAUGUAGUAAGGGAGGAAGAAGAGGAUGUAGACCACAGAGUUCUUCAAGAAGGAUAUAUCACAGUCACCCCUAUAACUGCACUCUCUCACACAGUAUCUGAAGAUGUGUCUUUCUUCAAAGAAUGGCUUACUCAUUUAGCAGAACAUUCAUCUUCUUCAUCCUUGUGAAGCAUUUAAAAGAACUGGGAGUCAUCUGCCUGUCUCAUUUGCAGAUCAUUUAUCUCAAACUGCCUCCUAGUCACUCCUCUCAAGCAUUUAAGAGUUUAGAUUCAAUUCAUGUAGCACACUCUAAACAGCUGCAGCAUUCUCAUUGUACUUUAUAUCCUUGUUCCACUUUAAAUUAUUACCACUGGUGAGAAUUUCAUUUCAUUCUUCA